AACAAUUAUUACAGUCGAAAUGGUAGAUCUUAUUGUUUGCUAUACUAACAACAAAGCUACCAAAGUGUAUAAUAAUUAUAACGGGAAUAAUCCAGAUUCACAGCGGUUGUGGAAGCCAAUAACUAUACAAGAAAUGUAUGCGUUUAUUGGGGUUUUGAUUUCUUCUGGGGUUAAUAAUUCGAAUGUUGACCAUACGAGCGAAAUGUGGAAAAGUACAUCGUACCCUCUUUACCGCGCAUCAAUGGGUGUCAACAGAUUCAGUUCCAUAAUGCGGUUCAUUCGAUUCGACAACGUCGAUAGACGCGUGGCACAACCAGGAGAGGAUAAAGCUGCUCCUAUACGUGACAUAUGGACAAUGUUCAAUUCGAAUUUGAGUAAAAUGUACAAACCGUCAGCAAAUUUGACAAUUGAUGAGCAGCUUUAUCCUUACCGAGGCCAUACGAAGUUCACGCAAUAUAUACCCUCCAAGCCAGCUAAGUACGGGAUCAAAAUUUGGUGGAUUUGCGAUGCCGAGAAUGCAUACCCUCUAAAUGGGAUUAUUUAUUCAGGAAAAACUGGAAAUGUUCGUGAAAAAAAUCAAGGAGAGAGAGUUGUAAAGGAACUUGCAGUACCAUUCAGAGGAAGUGGCAGAAAUAUUACUAUGGAUAAUUAUUUUACUACGUUACCACUUGCAAAACAUUUACUGUCAUGGAAAUUAACUAUUGUUGGUACGUUGAAAAAAAAUAAACCUUACAUCCCAAAACAAAUGGCUCCUCAUAAAUCUAGAGAAGAAUACUCUACUCUCUUUGGUUUUCACGAACAUGUUACACUUUGUUCGUACGUGCCAAAGAAGAAUAAAGCCGUAAUUUUACUAUCGACAAUGCACUCUGAUGCUGCUGUGAAUGAUGAUGGAAAGAAAAAGCCUCACAUGAUCACUUAUUAUAAUAAAUAUAAAACUGGUGUAGAUACAAUGGAUCAAAUGGUAACUCGAUACACUACGCGCAGGCGCACUCAGAGAUGGCCUCUUGCUAUGUUCUUCAAUAUAUUAGACGUAGGCGCUCUUGCUUCAUAUGUAAUUUAUUAUGAGAAUAACAAAAUGAUACAAAGGAAGACUAAUCAGCGACAUACUUUCUUGCGUCAACUGAGCGAAGAACUAGCGAAACCUUUCAUUGAGGAUCGUUCUAAGAAUGCCCAAAUAAUGCGCAACUACAAUACGAAAAUUGCGAUUGAAAGCGUGUUUGGAUUACAGCUUGAUCCUUCCACUGUUCCUGAAAGACAAGCUCAACCUCGAGAUAGUACUGGCAAGAAAAAAAUUACAGGUUCUUGUCAUAUUUGCUAUAAAGGAACAAUCAAAAGACGCAGGAAAACGCGAAAAUCUUGUUCGGUUUGCGAGAGACCUGUCUGCGAUGAGCACUCUUUGUCGAUAAUCAAAUGUAUCGAUUGCGCUGAAUAAAUGUAAAUAUACUCUAAUCUACAGUGAAAAUUAUUGUAAUUAUUUAUUUAUUAACCCCUGUUACCUCAAUGAAAUGUUCAUCAAUGAUAUUAAUUGAUUCCCUAGUCGAAAUGUUAUUUUUCAUCUAGUGGCUACCCGGGUACCCGGGUGUGUCCGCUAAGGACAUGUACUUCAACGUCAUUUAGUUUUACCCCAAAAAAAUUGAAAAAGAAAUGCGAGUGUGUUUUUAGCGUCAAAAGAAGUUAAAUAAUGGGGAUUUUCAGGCCCAAACCGAUAUUUC